CUGUAACAUACGUGUUUUUAUAAACAUCGGAGAAAGAUGAGAAACAUUACCGGACCUAACCUACACAUUUUCGAGCGGCUGUCUUGUUCAACCUGCUUGGCGGCGAGCCUGCUCCACACGCUGGACGGACGCGAAAGAAGGGAACCUGCCAAGCUGCUCGCCUGCCUGCCUGCCUGCCUGCCUGCUGCCAUCCGCCUCACGCGAUGGAGGUGACGGAGCCCAACUAAUCCACCGAGCUUCCAGAAGAGGUGCAUUGUGGGAUGCGAGUCACCGAGGCGCCAGAGGAGGAGGACCGCAGCGGAACCCUGGAGGCCAGAUGAAAAAAAUUCAUCAUGAGGCCUGUCGACUGUAAGUGUGAGGGACCCUCACCCAGGCCUUGCCAGACGUGAGGCCUUCACCAACAUGUAACCACCACGCCUUCACUACCACACCCUCUAGCAGCCCACCACUUGGCCACCACCCCUUGGAGAUGGAACCCUGCGUCUCCCACCUGCCCCCGUCCGCAAACCCCCUUUCCGCCUUCCCCCGGCACCGAGUCUCCACCCACUAUCCCGGACCACAGUGGUUCCCGCUGGCGUCUCGGUGUAACAGCAGCACUUUUCUGUCUAACUUGAGGCACAGCCCCGGUCAGGCGGGCCCCGCAGGGACAAUGCCGGGAGUUUCUUUGGACGUCCCGAUGGGGGGACGGCCAUACCGGAGUAUGGAGAAUCUGAACUGGAACCCGGUACUGGAUUCAGGUCUGUGCUCAUCCAGUGAGUUUAUUGUGCGCUACAUGGCCACCAGUCACUGGUAUGACGGGCCCCCGGAUGGGUCCAACCCAGAAAGCCUGGCAUACUACCCCCGACAUGGUCCCCGCAGGAAGGAUGUACCAAUUUUCCCACAGUUGCUUUUCCCCAGUCGGGUGGACGAAUGGGACGCCAGGAAAGGUCUGAGGGAAAAGCUUCGCCUCCAGAGUGCACGGUCGGCAGUGGAGCCUUUGAAGACUGUUCCCCUGCGAACCACGGACUCUGCCCUUGUUGAACUGAACCCAGGGUGCCGGCCGGCCGGGAGCAUGCGUCUCGCCUGCCCCCAGGAGAUCAAACAGGAAGUCUUGAGGAGACUUCAACUGCGACGGCAGAACAGCACCCCCAACCUGGCUCUCCACGGGGCCCCGCACAGCCCAAAAGUGCUCCCGGUGUCCCGCACAGCAGGCCCCAUUUUGGGCGUCGAUAACGGACCCCUGCAAAGCGGUCCUGUGGGACGUCUGUACAUCCCCACCUUUGAGGAGUUCAAGAGGAUGAGGAUGAAAGAGCAGAACCAGAAGUCCACAGCAGGUUCUGAGGACUCCGGUCCCCAACGGGUAGGGACUCCCUCCUCCGGAACGGGUUCUCCGAUCCGCACAGGCCCCUCUGCGCGGCCCCCACUGCAAGCGUCUUCAAGCCAGGGAGGAACCGGUGAUAAUGCCCGGCGUAGGAGGUGCAGUCUGGAACCGGUCGGGUCGGUUCUGCUCCGGGCCAGCAGGGACCACGGAGGGCGGCCCUCCAGUUGCUGCCCCGCACUGCUCCUGGAGGGAACGGACCUGUCCAGCUACGGCGCCAAGAUCUACAAAAUGAAGGAUGGCCUCAUUGGCUCAGCUCUGGACCUCAUCAAGAAGAGCUGCAGUGCAGACAUCUCCUCCGAGGCCCCCGUCAGGCUGUCAGCUGAGCGGGACAGAAACGCCCCCGACACCCCACCCUGGCCCCCCGCCGCCGUCGCCAUGGCAACCGCGGCAGGAGCCGAGGCUGGCCACCAGACGCCCGCUGCAGAAGAAGAGGACGAAGAAGACGGCGAAGGCGAGAAAGCGAGAGAAUGCCUGCCGGGGUUCUGCCGGCGUUCCAGCUCAGACGCCUCGUAUGAGCAGUCGCAGGCGACUGUACCAGAGUGCGCGUGCGAGCGGUCACAGACAGACAGCGAGCGUCGCCUGCGACCGCACCACCGCGACCCCAUGCCGGCUGAGGCGUCCAAUCGCAAACAGCUGGAGAUGAAGGCGAAGAUGGAGAACGCGCCGCAGGGACGACGUCAUCGGAGGGAGAGAGACAGUGCCCCCGCGGCUCUUCGCGGGCACUCGGAGCCGUCCGGCGAGGAGCGCCCGGCGGGCUCGGCCCACCACGUGGCUUCGGACGACCGAGGGGGGCGCGGCCGACAUCACCGCUGGAGCACCAUCAGCAGCCUGAGCGCCGACAGCGGCGUGGUGGGCCUCAGCGAGGAGGACGACAACGGCGCCGAAGUGGAGCGGGCCGACAGCGACAUCGGACCGGGCCUCUCGCGGGCCUGGAAGAGACCGUCGUUAUGCGCCGACUGCGGCUGGCGGGACGACGCGUCGGAGGGCAGUGGCGCGUGCGAACGUUGCGCCAAAUUGCGGGCCGAGCGCAAGGAAGCCGUGUUGGAGUUCCUGAAUACGGAGAGCAGUUACGGCGAGGACCUGAGGAUCAUCAAGGAGGAGUUCUACGGGCCCAUGCGCGGCGCCGGCCUGCUGAGCGCCGAGCAGCUGGCCGUGGUGUUCGCCAACGUGCAGGAGCUGGCGGACGUCAAUGAGAGAUUCACGGAACAUCUGCAGGACGCCAUCGAACACGCGCUGGACCAGGGAGACGAGGAUCUGCUGACGGUGUCCGUGGGCGAGAUCUUCCUGGAGUUCGUCAACAUGCUGCCGGCCUUCCAGACGUACUGCCUGCAGCAGUCCGCCUCCGUCAACAUGCUCAACGCGCUGGAGAAGGAGAAGGAACUGCUCAGGAUCUUCUUGGACGUCUCCCAGAACGACAACACGGCGUUGCGUCGCAUGAAUCUUCGCUCGUUCCUUAUGGCACCUCUCCAGCGCGUCACCAAGUAUCCUUUACUCCUCAGCCGCCUGCUCAAAGUCACCCCGGAGAAGCAGCCCGAAUUCGGGCGCCUUCGUGAGGCCAAGAGCCGCGUGGAGGCCCACCUGGAGCACAUUAACACCAAGACCAAACAGCAGGACGGCAACGGCGUGGCCUCCUGGUCCCUGCGCUCCUUCCGCCGCGACAGCCGCAAAAAUCGCGAGCCGGUGGACGCGGAAAUGCGCGAGGCGUCCAUCAGGACUCUGGGGUGGACCCGGGAGGACACCCGCUUCGUCAUGGAGGGUCCCUUGCAGCUUUCCCAGCCCGCCGACGGCCAGUGGGUGAAGAAGGGAAGCAAGGCUCUCAAGUUCCAAAACGUCCAGAGUCUCCUCAUGGUGAGGACGCAGCAGCCCGGCGGCGGGGAGCGGGCAUGCGAAGCGGUAGAAAGCGUGCAAGACGGAGUUUUGGUUCUGAUCAAAGACAAAAGCAGCGGGAAGUUCGCCGUGAUGCGCGAGCCCAUCCGCCUGGCCAACUGCGUGGUGUCCAUGGACCCAGAGUGCCAGGAUACCUUCGAGGUUCUGGAUAUCUGGCGGGAGGCGUUUGUGUUCCGGGCGGCGGACAAGUCCCGGACACACAACUGGUUCCACCACAUGAAGCGCUACGCUCGCGAUUUGGGAGCCUGGCGCAAGAGACGCAACGCUUUGCCCAACAUCAUGAUCAACACCAAUCAGAGUCGAUCGUGAGAGACGCCGAGACCGCAGACCGCCCCAAAACUGCAAUGAGACCCCAUACUGCUGCCGCCUCGGCCAAACCCAAAAAAAACGCUGCUCCGUGAACGGGAAGCACUUUUUUUUUUUUUUUUGGUUUCUUGA